AUGGAUGCCAGGGGAAGGGGGCCACCCCGAGAGCCUGGCCAAGUCCUGAAUGUGGCCAAGUUCCUCAGCCCCUUCUUCCUCACCUGCAUGGUCUACUUUCUCCUCUGGAUCCCCGAGGACCCGCCGUCCCCGCUGGGCGCCCUGGUCAAAUGCCUGCCAGUGCUCAGCCUAGCUGCAGGUCUGUGGGCCAGAGCCCCGAGCGGGUGCUACACCACCCUCCUCCAGGGGGGCCUGCUGUGCUCAGCUGUGGGGGACGUCUGCCUCAUCUGGCCUGAAGCCUUCCUGCACGGCAUGGCUGCCUUUGCUGUAGCCCACCUCCUCUAUCUCGCCGCCUUUGGCUUCUCCCCGCUGCGGCUGGCCACCCUGCUGCCCAUCACCCUGGUCAGCAGCCUGUACUUCAGCCUUCUGCUGCCUCACCUGCCCGCCGACAUGACCCUGCCUGUGGCGGUCUAUGCCUUCCUGCUGGCUGCCGUACUGUGGCGAGGCCUGGCCAGGGGCGGCAGUGCCCGCCUGGGGGGCCUGCUCUUCAUCAUCUCCGAUGCCGUGCUGGCCUGGGAUACCUUUGCCCAGCCCCUGCCCCAUUCCCGCCUGGUGGUCAUGACCACCUACUACGCCGCCCAGGUCUGCUUUGCUGUGUCGGCUAUCUGCAGCCCGAGGCACAAAACCAGCUGA